ACUAACCGGAGCGAUGCCAAACGCGUGCGUGAGGCAAACAAACAUCCCAGCGGGUUCCUUACGGAGCAGGGCAGAAAAAUACACGGCUGAGCCAACAAAGGAGCUGCCUGCCCCUGGGAGGCACCCCGCGGGCUGCGCUGCCCGACCGCUCCGGCUCCGGCGGAGAGAAAGCUCCGUUAUCCCUUUUUAAACCGGCGCCGCGCCUCUCUCUCCCUCCUUUGCCGGGGGAGUGGGAAGGUCUGCGCGCUGGGAAGGCGGCGGAGGAGAAAGGAGCGAGUUCCUGCCUCGUCGUCGGAGAGAGGAGAGGAGCGGCGGCGAUGCUCGUCCCUCCUUAGCGCGGAGGCAGCGCGGAGCGCCCGGCCGGGAGCGAGAAGAGCGGGUGCGCUGCGGCGAGAGGGCUGCGCCGCUGCCGCCCCCGGGAGCCCCGGCCAGGCCGCCGGGAUGCCCGCCGGGAUGCCCGCCGCCCCGCGCCCGCCGCCGCUCCGCUGAGCCCCGCAGCGCAGGAUCUCUACCCCCACUGCCGCCAGCAGCAUGGAGAGCGUGCGUGAGCUCCAAAACCCACUCUUGGCUAAGGCCAAUGAGCACCUCCACAGCAGCUAUUCUUACCACCAGCAUCACAGCCAGGACUACCCCAGUCAUCGCUGCCAAGGGAAACUGUAUUCCUACAUCUUCCAAAACACUGGUGGUGCCAGGACUCACCAGCUGCUGGAUGCCAGUUCUCUGCAGCUGGCUGUUGAAGCUUUGUACGGCCCAAAUUUCAUCCUCGUGAAGGAUGAGACCACUCUCAAGGCCAAGGACAGCAAGAUGGAAAGCUGUGAGACCACUUUUACAGAAAACAAAGAGGCUUCAUCUGAAGGUCCGGACAGGCAAGAGGCACAAGGGUCCUGCCUGGUAGAGAAUGACAUCCGCAUCCAAACUGUGUCCUAUGAGGUGGAGGAAGAGGAGCUCCAGGAGUAUGAGAGCGACUCCUCCAGCGACAGCGAAAGCGAAGAUAAUUUCCUGAUGCUUCCCCCACGAGACCACCUGGGUUUGGCCCUUUUCUCCAUGCUGUGCUGCUUCUGGCCCCUGGGAAUUGCUGCCUUCUACUUCUCCCAAGGGACCAGCAAGGCUGUCUCCAAAGGAGAUUUUCAUCUGGCAAGUUCAGCUUCUCGGCGAGCUCUCUUCCUUGCUGCGCUCUCCAUAACCAUCGGCACAGGAGUGUACGUCGGGGUGGUGGUAGCGCUGAUCGCUUAUCUCUCCAAAGGGGGCCACGUAUAGCUGCCACCUACACAUCAGCACUGUCCCUGGCUGCCAGCCCUCCUGGGAUAGAGCUUUCCCAUGGAACACAGGGCACCAGUGCCUGCAAGGGCUGCUUGCACAGCAGGACCCUGACUUGGAUGCCCUGUGCAGGCUCUUUCCCCUUUCAGACAAACAGUAGACCCACGUCCCCCCCGAGUUUGUGGGAUGCCGCGCUGGCCUGGCUGCUGGAACCAGGAGGAGCACAGUUGCCUGCUGGAAGACAUGCAGGAGAGCUGCUGCGUGCUGCUGCUGGGCUGGUGCCAUCACCCCUACUCCAGACCCUCGGCAUCCCCUCCCAGCCCCACAGCCGGGAGGUCCUCUGCUGCUGCCCAAGCUUGGUCCACAAAGGGGGCGUGCGUGGAGGAGGGGGGAUACGGCACUGGGGAAUGACCCUGGGAGGUUGGGGUCCUGGUGGGGUCUUCAGACUCCCACGGUAGGGAUGACGUUCUCAUUUUAGUGCCUGACCCCUCAGCUCCAACAAAGGAGGAGGGCAUGGCAUGGACAUGGCUGAAGGGCACCCUCUCCACAUCCCCCUGCAGACAGACCCCUGAUCCUGGGGGCAUCCCAGUCGCUGGCCAGUCGUAGGAAAAACGAGGAGGAAGGCAGGCUGGUGGUUGCACGCUGCCACUUCUAUCAUUGGAGUAAGCUGACAAAGACAACAAGGUUUUCUCGACAUUUUUAAUGACUGACAUGAUAAUUGCACAUCGGAGUCCCCGUAAGGUUGGUGUCCCAUGGUGCUCAGUCCUGAAAAGACUUGUAAUGGCAAUUUCUACCCAAGAAACCACCUGGGAGGGGUGGGGGCCUGGAGGACUCCACUCUUAGCACUAGAUCAGGGAUCUCACACACCAGGAGGGAUGGAAAGAAAAGGCUGGCAUGACAUGCAGAGCCCAGGGUGGGAGUGCUAUCGGCAAGGGGGCAAGAUCCAGGGAGGGGGAUGCUUGGAGAGAGCCCAAGUCACAGGGGGUGACCCCAACGCACUUCUUCCCAUGCCUUGGAGAGGGGUAUCUCCAUCCAUCCGAAGAAAUCCCAUACGUGCCCGCUUACAUCUUUAUUUUGCUAAUUUGUAUAUCGUCGGUGACACAUCAAGUGCUUCAGAUGUGGGUGUGAUGGCAACGACUGCCCCAAAGGGCCGGUGGUAAAAGGUUCUGCCUCAACCCCGUCCCCAGCAUCUCCCGUGACCCUCCCUUGCCUUGGCCACGGCUCCCCUGCUGCCUCCUUCCCCCUCGGUCAGGGGGCUGCAGGCAGACUCCGGCCACCCAUCAGCCCCUUCCCGGGGUUUCUGGGCAGGCUGAAGCCACUCUCCAAGAGGCACAGCAUGUUCCUCCAGCUGGGUGCCAUUCAAAUGUACAUUUCAUCCUACAGAAGCAUGUUAAUGUCUACAAUUGCUGUUGUACUUGAGCCAUAAAAGAGAGAAGCACAUCAGAGACCUGUUCAGAAGCUGGUCUGAAAGUUCCCAUUACGUUUUAUAAUAUGGAGGAGAUAAUAAAAAAGAAAAAGCAGGGAAAAAAAAAAAAGUCUGUUUAUAUGGGCACGGAGCUGGCUAGUGAGGAGGUGAGCUUUGCAGGAGUGCUGAGCUCACAGAAACCUGGAGGUGUUUAUGCAGUUUCCAAAGGAAGUUAUAAACCAGCUGCUGUCUGGGCAACUCGGAGGGAGAUGUACUGUGAUGUAGAUCACAGAGAGCAUCUCGCGCUGGCUGGUGAUGUAGGCUUUUUGCCAUGGGUGGAUGGACAAGAAUUAGGGAGAGAGAAGGAGACUAGAGCAUCGUGCAUUUUCCGGCUGCGCAGUGUGUAGUAGAAGCAUAAAAAAACAUGCUUGAGGAGGGACAGGAGAAUACAAACAUCAGGAAGGAAUGAGCAGGUCCUGCUUCUGAUGGGAGGCAGAAUUUGCAGGGAAGGACUGGGGUGUCCAGAAGAGAUGAGGUGGCUUAGAGAGGAGGGAUGAGGGGCACUCUCACCUAGCAUCUGAGGGAUGGUUUUUAUUCCGCUCUUCUGCACGUGCUCAGUGUUUCUGGGCAUCUGUCCCUCCAAGUAACUGAGCAGGACAGGAGCGCCGUUGCAGGAGAGGGGAUGUCUGUGGGUGCCUGUGCAGCAGGGGCAACCAAACCCACUGUCCCCCCAGCUCAGUGCCAUCCCAGCUAAAGCUCUCCUCACUUCUCCCCUCAAGCAUCCCCAGACAGGGGGCAGCCAGCUAUCAGGGGCAGAGUUGGGGGGGUCUCACCACUGAUUCUGGUUCAGACAAAACCAUCAGGGCUGCUAGACCAAAAUCAGCAGCGAGAAACUGCAGUUGCUGUGAAUUUGUAGUUCUGCCAGCUGUCUUCUUUCAGGGUCUACUCCCACUCCCCAUGGGCACCCCGUCCCCAUGCACCCCAACCUAUAUCAUUGUCUUUUUUUUAACUGAAGAUGCACAGGGAAGGAUUGGGCUAGAGGGCCAGCAGAAUUAAAGUGUU